AUGGACAAGCGGGAGGUGAAGGCAGAGGGCAUGGACAGUGACGGCAACCCUGUGGAAUUCAGCUAUGCGUUGCACGAGAAUCCCAUCGAAGGGCAGGAGACGGACGGAGAUGUAACGACUUGUUUCGAGCUAUUGCUGAAGUUUGUGCGUGCUGUCGACAAGGAGCUGGAGUGGCGGAUGAAAGACCUCGAGGAGUUGGAGGGGUGUAAGCUAUUUCGCAUAUCGGACAUCACCCUGGAGCAUUUGAUGCGCUGUUCCCUGCUACAGUACGACGUGGACUGGUACGAGGUGGUGUCCAUCUUCAGGGGAGAGAAGCUGCGGAGAGCGACUAAGGACUUCAGUGGCACAAACCCGGGCGAGGCUAUUUUCGCUGAAGCCGUUCAAGAGUCCUCUGACCCUGGAGAGAAGGGAGAGAAGGGAGGGAAGGGAGGGAAGGGAGAGAAGGGAGGGAAAGGAGAGAAGGGAGGGACGGCAGGGAAGGGAGAGAAGGGAGAGAAGGGAGAGAAGGGAGGGAAGGGAGGGAAGGGAGGGAAGGCAGAGAAGGGAAAGAAGGGAGGGAAGGGAGAAAAGGGAGGGAAGGGAGAGAAGGGAGGGAAGGGAGAGAAGGGAGGGAAGGGAGAGAAGGCACUGAAAGGAGGGAAGGGAUAG